GCCGCCCCGCCUCCCCCGGGUCCAGUUUCCACCUGCUGCUGCUGAUGCUGAGGCGUGUCAGUAGCAGGUAGACGCAGAGCAGCAGCUGCAGAGCUGAGCAGCCAUGAAGGAGUUGGCUCUGCUCCUGCUGGUGGUGGCCGCGGCGUCCCUCAGCUCCAACAGCAGCUCCAACAGCAGCUGCGACCAGUGCUGCGACUGUCGGGGAGACCUGGGCGUCACCGUCUGCUCCGGAGCCGGGCUGAGCCGCCCCCCCGGCCGUGUCCCCCCCUCCACUGAGCUGCUGGACCUGUCCCACAAUGCCAUCUCCAGCCUGUCCACUCACGCCUUCAGCAGCAGCCGCCGGCUGCGGGUGCUGCUGCUGCAGAGCAACCGCAUCGCCGCCGUGGAGGACGGCAGCUUCUCCCCGCUGGGCUUCCUGCAGAAGCUGGACCUGAGCCGGAACCGGCUCCCGGCCCUGACGGAGGGCUUCUCCGCCGGCCUGGCCGGCCUGCGGGAGCUGCAGCUGGCCCACAACCGGCUGAGCAGCCUGGACGGCCGCAGCUUCCUGCACCUGGACGGCCUGCAGAGGCUCAACCUGAGCAGCAACCGCAUCCACAGCCUCCACCCGAGGGCCUUCGCUGCCAUGAGCGGCCUGCGGCAUCUGCACCUGCAGGACAACCGGUUGGCGUCCCUGAGGAGCGGCGCCUUCGCCAUGCUGCGCUCCCUGGAGCUGCUGCAGCUGGCCGGCAACCGCAUCCAGCAGAUGGAGCCGGGCGUGUUUGACCCGCUGGUCAGCCUGGCGCUGCUGGACCUGGCCGACAACCGGCUGGCCGACGUCAGCUUCAAGACCUUCCUGAGCAUCCAGGCUCAGCGCACCCACAUCCUGCUGCGGGGGAACCCCUGGUCCUGCGACUGCGAGCUGCAGAGAGUCUUCUGGAAGCUGCGCAGCAUCCAGAGGCUCUUCCUAGACGACUACCGCAACCUGACCUGCAACGCCUCGCACGCCCUCGCCGAGCAGCUGCUGAUGGACGUGGACGGCGAGCUGUGUGUGGCGGAGACCGUCACCGUGCUCAUCAUCACCGUCACCGUGGUGGUCACCGUGCUGGCCGCCAUGCUGAUGGCCGAGAGGAAGAGGAGGAAGAGGAGGAAGGGGAUGCACUGGACGCAGCGGGAGGACUUCUCUGAGGAGUCAGACUUCUGA